GCGGGACCACCAGCUGCUGCAAGAUCCUUGCAGCCAUUUUCACGAAAGUGUUGCGGCCGCCAUGACUGUGGAAGAUCCCGAAAAAACCUUCGAUUAUAAACACUAUAUUCUGCGUCUGCAGUCUCGCACCAGGUCAUCUGUGAAACCGCCGGGGACAUAAACAAAGCUGAGGGUAUCAAAGCUGUGUUGAGACAGCGUUAAACAUGAGACCGGAUAUAAUGUCUGUUAAGCGUCUCAUGUGUUGUUGAGACGUGUAAACCGUGAGUUUUUCUCCAGACUGUCAGUAUAUCAAAACCUUCAGCCAACGAGUGACUGAUGCUCCUAACUCUGGUUGCGGAGAAGGGCCAGUUGCGUUUCCAACCAUCAUGGCUUUUGUGAGCCUCUUCUCCAGUCCCCCAAGCCCCGUACUUGACAAAAACAUGACAGACUGUGAGCUGACAGGGGAAGAAAGGGAGGAUGGUGAAUUGGAGGAUGGAGAAAUAGAUGAUGAAGGCAUAAGCAUAGAAGAAGUAAAGGAAACUAAGGAAGAGUCUGAAGGGGCCGAGAAAGACAAAGAGAAGGUAAAAGACGAGAAGUCACACCGGCAUUCACGAAAGCGACACAGGAAAAUUAAAGAAAAGCGACGGUCGAAGAGGAGGAGACGAGACCGACAAAAGCAUCACUCUCCAUCCAGUGGCUCCAGCUCGGACAGCUAUGACUCUGAGCAUGAGCGUCAAGAAAGACCUAAGAGCAAGAAGAGCAAAGGGACAUAUCGUGACCAUGACUGCGAGUUGGCUCAGCGGGAAAAUGAACCUGUAAAACCACCGAGAUCAAUGCAGCACAAGAACAGCGAUCUGGACAAAUACAGUGACUACAGUGAAGAAAAGUAUGACUAUGAUGACGAGGAUGAUUUCUCUGAGGAGUUGUCUAAAUACAAACAUGCUAAGGAGUCAUCUGGUCGUGGCAGAGGAGGGCCACCUAGGGACCAGGCCAAGAGACCAAUUAUGAAGGGACAACAACAGCAGUUUGGUGGGCAACGUGGUAGAGGUCGUGGUGCCCUUGGCAGGGGGCGAGGAAUGCCCAACAAAAAUAAGAAACAAAAGGGCAAGAACUGGGGCCGAGGCCGUGGUCGAGGAGGAGAGCAGGGUGGAGGAGACAUGCAGGAAUCUAAAGGUCCGCCCAGUUUCCAGAAGAAGCGUCCAAUCAUGAGCCAGGAAUUCAUUAAUCAACAUACGGUUGAACACAAUGGGAGGCACAUUUGUAAAUAUUUUCUUGAGGGUCGAUGCAUCAAAGGGGACCAGUGCAAGUUUGAACAUGAUAAUGUUGUUCCAGAGAAGAAAAAGGAACUGUGCAAAUUUUAUGUCCAGGGAUACUGUACCAAAGGAGAUAUCUGUAUAUACAUGCACAGUGAGUAUCCUUGCAAGUUCUUUCACACCGGAGCAAAGUGUUAUCAAGGAGAUAACUGCAAGUUUUCCCAUGAGCCUUUAACCGAUGUUACCAAGGAACUUUUGGACAAGAUCCUAAAUACAGAUGAGGAAACUGUCAAUGAAGAUGAGAUGGAGUUAGCAGAUCUGAGAAAACAAGGAAUUGCCCCACUGCCUAAACCCCCUCCCGGAGUGGGAUUGUUACCCACCCCUGGGCCUGGAAGUCCCCCGGAUGGAGGAAAGAAGAUCCCCUCUCUGUUUGAGAUCAAAGUUCAGCCUACUGUGGACUUGGCACAGAAGAUUGCUCUAAGGCCUAAUUUCUACAACAGUGCAUCUCCCCCUGCUGGACAGUUUCAAGGUGGUCCACAGUUUGGAAGUAGCCCUGAGGAUAUGCAGGCUGGGAAUAUGAUGUCUUCUCCACCCAAUCCUUCCCAUCCCCCUCCUCCGGGCUCCAUAAGGAGCCCUCCCCUACCAUUCACAGGUCCAGGAAUGCCCCAAAGUCCUCCAGGCCAACCUCCACCCCAAGGCUUUGGUCAGUGCUCUCCAAUGCCACCUCCAGGCCCGCCUCCUCCUUUCCACGUCAACAUGCAGCACAUGAACCAUCCUCCAUUGAAUCACCAGGGGGCUCCAUUUCAACCUGUGCCUGACAUGCAAAUGAAAAUGCCUUUCCCAAACAUGGGCCAGAUGCCCUCCGAGUUCUUCAAGAAUUUGUUUAGCAGUCAGUCUCUGGCCCAAGGGGAUGAGGGACCCAUCCAGGACUCCCAGCCACAUGGGAACACUAAUUCCAGUGGGAUGCAGGACUUCCUGCCAGCUGUACAGAAGGUUUUGCUUUUACAUCUAAACCAGAACAAGCAAGACUCUGACUCUCAUAGGGACGAGGGAUGUGGACAAGGGUCUGCACCUCCCAACAGAGAGAAAGAUGAAACCCCUAAUUGGUACUCCAGUGACGAGGAAGAGGGCAGUAGCGUAACAGCCAUCCUUAAUUCUCUAAAGAAGCAGAAUGAUAUGCUGAAAAACCAGCCAAGCAUCCCACCAGCCGACCCGAGACUCCAAAAGGAGCGAUCAUUGCCCAGCGAUCCUCGAAUAAAAACUGACCCACGUCAGCGACCUCCAGACCCCAGGAAAGACGCUGGAGAUGGUGUCGGGGAUCCCAGGCUUGCCAGAGACCCACGCAAGAUGAAACCUAUGGAUGCCUCCAAACCUGAUGCUCAUCGCCACCCAAACCCCUCCAGGUCCCACAAACCGCCCACUGGAGAGGAUGAUGAGGAGUUUGAAAGAGAGCUAAGGGAAAGAGCAGCCUUGAUCCCAUUGGAUCCCAGUCCUGGAGCCACGCUGCGAGACCCGCGCUGUCAGAUUAAGCCGUUUAGUCACAUCCGGGUGGAUAUUCUCCUCCAGCGUCCGGCCUUUGCUCAAACCGUGGUUUGGGCUCCAGAAGACCUCAUUCCUUUGUUGAUUCCCAAACAGGAGCACUCCAUAAACCUGCCGCUCCCACCUUUAAUAGCAGAUGCUCAACUUAACCGCACCCUUUCCUCCCCUCCGGAUCACCCUCCAUCAGCGACUCCGUCUCCUCCUGAUCAACGUCUCGCAGCCGCCCGCUUUAAGGAGGGUGUUAGUCGACUCGGGAGCCCUCCCGGUAGAACGGUAGAUUCUCGCCACCAUCAUCCGGAUAAGCCCUUGGACCCACGUACUCACAAGACUCUUGAUCCCAGAAUCAGCCGAUCUGGCAGCCUGGACUCCAAGCCUCCAGGUGUGAGAGAGAGUCCAUCAGGAGGAGGAGAUCCACGGCUACAGCGUGGAUCCUCAAACCAACCUGUCGCCGCUUCUGUUAAGUCCGAUUCAGAGAAGUUGCCUCCAUAUGCUCCCCGUCUGGCAUCUUCCAUCGGUGCAGGUCUUGAUAGUCCAACCACGCUCUUAGGUGGGAUCAGUUUAUACGAUCCGCGCAAUCACAGCUUACUCUCGCCGAAACGUGAAAGCGAGGAGCACCCUAAAAAGCCGAGUAUCCUGAAGCCUUCUGCGAAGCUCCAAAGCUCUCCACCACAUGCCUCGCCGUCACAGGGAACAGGGAUGGAAAAGGAUGAGAAAAGUCCAGUUGAUGACUCUGAGAGCAACACAAGUGGCUGUACGUCAAAUCCUCCUCCUCCUCCUCCUGUGGCUACAGUAAUGCCAGCGUCUCCGUGUUCCCCAGUUCGAGCACCAGCUCCCGCUGUGCACAACUUGCCCAUCCAGGCACUAGCAGGACUGAUACGGCCUGCUUACACGGACCCACGCCAGAACAAACCUGUGGGAUCUGCCGGUGGGACUCCGCAAGAGGAUGAGGACGACAAAGACAGUAAGAAGAAAGACAGGCCCCUGAGGGAUGUCUUUAAAACCUUUGACCCGACAGCCUCACCAUUCUGUCAGUAAACACACUUAUACUGAAUAUAGCUCAUGCAUUUACUGUAUUCUGUUCUUUGUAUUCACCCUGCAUGUAUAUGAAGCUUUUCUAUUUAUUUAUAUUUGUUUGUACACAUAUUCUCCACUGCUGCAUCGUUGUCUAAGCAGAGAUAUUUUUCUUUUGGCUCUUGUGUGUUUAUAGAUUCUCAUUAGAUAGUCAAUUGUGUCACAGCAAAGGACUUUAUUUGCUCAAGAAGCAUUUUAAGUACAUUUGUAUCUGGUAAAUGGACACUUUGGAAAGCAGAGUCUGCUGAUCAGGUGCGUAUUUGUGAUAUCAGUGACACAUUGUUGCUUUAGAAGGUUAAAAGGGAUGUGUGGCUUCUAGUAUUCAUAUUUGUAGUAAUGUGUAAUACAUAAAUCUAUUAAAAAUAUACAUUUUUGCUAAAUUCCCACAGUAUUUAUCACAUAACUACAUACAAAGCAUAUAUAAACACUGUAAUAUAGCAGAACUUCUAUGUCUCGUUUAUCUAAAACGUGCAUUUUCAUCAAAGGUACAGUUGUGAUUUUGGUGAGGAAAAAGAUUAACAUAUGAGAUUCCUUUCAGAGUCUCUGUUGUAAAUGGUUUUCUUUUUAACACGAGGCAUUUUUCAUCUUUUUUAUUGUCAUUGUUUUUUUGUGUAGAUAUUUUUAUUGUAUUUGUUUGUAUAUUUUUCCACAGAAAAUGCUGAAUUACUUUUGUGUUCUUUUACCAUUGACUGCAAUGCUAGUAAGGGAAUUUAAAUACAGCAGUCACUUUCUUCCUUUUUUAAAUUCAUUGUCUAAAAUAAAUUAAAUGAAUUAUGUGAUUCUGAUGUUGACUUCAGUCAUUGUUGUA